GUAAGACUUCCUGUCAGAAGAGGAGACCGAGGGGGAUGAGGGGAGAUUUGAGAGAGAGAGAGAGAGAUAGAAAUAGAAAGAGAAGAGGAGAAGACAAAAAGACGACUUCUAACAGAAGUUUACACAGAGGAAAAUCUGAUUUAACGCAAUAAGUCACUAAGAGAAGUAUGACCAAGUCUGUAGCCUGGCCAUCAAUGUGGCUGACGGAGAUGGAUGGGACAACAGGAAAACAUCAUAACUAAUUUAUUCUGGAGAAAGUUUAUUUUAGAGCCAGCAAGAGUUUUGUGAAGAACCUCAAUGGAAUGAGACCGUUUGGAGUUCCAAUUGUUAAACCUAAAUGUUAUGGCAAUGGCUGAAGAACAAUAGAUCGUGCCUACAUAGGAUUGGCCGUCCGUGCCAUAGGGAGAAAGUAUGGCUGCGGCUGAGUCCGUCAGAUAGCGGUUCAUGAUAACGACCCGGUGGACACCAUUCUUUUGGUUUAAUUGGCCUACUUUUCUCUGAAAACAUAUACAUUUAAUAUCAAUCAUCAUCAUGAAGUCCAACUCCUCCGAUGGAUGGGCUUUCAACAAUAAUACAUUAGCUGUGAUCAAUGGUUCAGGCAAUGGGAGCGUGGUGGAGCCCUAUCUUCAGAGACUGGCCCACCUGGACGAGGGACUCUACCACGACUUCUACAGCCUCUGGAUCACUCUCAUGGUCAUCAACUCCCUCAUAUUCCUUGUAGGCAUGGUGCUAAACACAAUGGCGCUCUACGUCUUUUGUUUGCGCACAAAGCCCAAGACCACCUCUGUGAUCUACACCAUCAACCUGGCAGUCACGGACCUGCUGGUGAACCUCUCCCUGCCCACCCGCAUCCUGCUGUACUACAGCGGGGGGACCUGCCUCCUCUGCUCCUACCUGCACAUCUUCUCCUACUUUGUCAACAUGUACUGCAGCAUCCUGUUCUUGACCUGCAUAUGUGUCGACCGGUAUAUCUCCAUUGUGCAGGUCGAGGCGUCCCGCCGGUGGCGUAACGCUAACGUGGCCAAGUGUGUGUGUGUUUCCGUGUGGCUGUUUGCCAUCGUGGUCACCUACUCCUUCCUCUCCACCGCCUUCCAGCACCCGGGCUGCUGCGUCUCCAAGCUUCUCUUCCUCACCAUCACAGAGUUCUUUCUGCCCCUCGUCAUCAUUGUGGUCUUCACCUUACGCAUCAUGUGGGCCUUGGUGGACCAUCGACUCAUGCAGCAGAGCAGGGAGAGGAGAAGGCGAGCUGUCCAGCUGCUGACGACAGUGCUCAUCAUCUUCACUGUGUGUUUCACGCCCUUCCACAUCCGGCAGGUGCUGCUGUACUUCUAUCCAGAGAUGCCCCACCAUGUGAUCGUGUACCAUCUGACUGUGACUCUGAGCAGUCUGAAUAGCUGUAUGGAUCCUGUGGUCUACUGCUUUGUCACUAACAAUUUCCAGUCCACCAUGAGGAGUCUUUGUCGCCGCACGGAGGCGGAGCCGAGCAGCAAUGACAUCAUCAGCAUGCACCACAGCUCCAAGGUCUCGGGUGUUAUGGUCAAUGCCGCCACUAACAACCCCAUCGUGAUGACCUCCAUCAUUGCCACCACCCCCCAUUCCUCUCAGAGAAUCUAUAAUGUGAGGAUCAACCAUAGCACAGUGUGAUAGCCCUGUCAUGUGACUCCGAAAGAGGAGAAGUGGGACUUAUUGCAUCACUAGGUUUUGUUUCUCUUCAAAAAUGAAAUGCAGAGACAAGUGUGACCGGGGUGACGCCAGGCUUGCAUCUUCAACACAGGAUCAUGAGAAACAGUUGAUCAUAUUACAACGACUAGCACAUCUAGAACAGCACACAUUUACACAAAGAAGCUUUAAAACUGCACUGUGUAGAACUGUAAGUGAUCCAAUGAGGGGAUGUGUUUAUCAGGAUCAAUGAUCUGGCAAGUGCCAGUGCAAAGACACCAUCCUCCUCACGGACAAUGUAAGAGGAGAAAAUAUUGUCAAUAGACGACUGAUUUUCUGUCCUUGAACGUGUGACUUUUCGGUUUGACGUAUGACCUUUGAUAAUGAGAUAUUCGCUCACUUCAGCGACUGCCCUUGAAGGCAGAGGAAAAGCUAUGUCCAUGUGGAUCUCCGUACGGCAAAAAAUGUACUAGAAGAUACUUAUUUUUUUUAAUACAAGCACUGUGUCCGAUUGUGUCCUCGAUAUGAAUUUAGGCCGUCUCCCCAAACCAUCUAUGGAGAAUUUGUUUUCAUCCGGAGAUACUUAUCAUGCAAAUGUUCAUAACUGUAGUUACGAACCGAAAUAUAAAUCCUGCUUGUCAAUAUGUAAUCUGUAUAAAAAAAAAUCGCAUUGUGAAUUAAAAUCACUUUAAUUAUUGUCAAGGAAAAGAAAUCAAUUCAUGUGCACAUUUGUAAAAUAAACAUUGACUUCAGUG